AAUAUAAACCCACCACCACCAGAUAUCGCAAUCUAGAAACCAUUUCUAGGUGAUCUAUAUUGCCAUGGGAGACGUCGAUCCGGCCUUCAUUCAAGACCCUGAAUUCAGGCCAAAACUUGAAUUCAUCAAUGAAGCCGAAGGAAUCCCAGUAAUCAAUCUAUCCGAUGACUCCAAACAAAUAGUGUUAGAGAUUGGGGAAGCUUCCAAGAACUGGGGUUUCUUUCAAGUCAUCAAUCAUGGGGUGCCACUGGAAUUACGUCAGAGAAUCGAGAAGGUGUCCAAAGAAUUCUUCCACCAGCCUUUGGAAGAGAAGAGAAAGGUAAAGCGAAACGAUUCUAGUCCUGUGGGUUACCAUGAGAGUGAGCACACUAAAAAUGUUAGGGACUGGAAGGAGAUCUUUGAUUUCUUUGUUGAUGAUCAAACUCUGGUUCCAGCCUCUUCUGAACCAGAUGAUCAAGAGGUAAUUACCUUGAUUAAUCAGUGGCCAGAAUCCCCUCCUGGUUUCAGGGAGGUGUGCAAAGAGUAUGCUAGAGAAGUGGAGGAAUUAGGACACAAGGUGAUGGAGCUCAUAUGUUUGAGCUUGGGGUUGCCUGCGGACCGGUGUCGUGGCUACUUCACAGACCAAACCAGUGUUUUUAGGCUGAAUUACUUUCCUCCAUGCCCUGUUCCACACCUAGCUCUUGGUGUUGGUCCACACAAGGAUGCCAGUGUCUUCACUGUCCUCACUCCAGAUGAUAGUGUGGGAGGCCUAGAGGUUAAGCGCAAAUCCGAUGGGGAAUGGGUUCGAGUUCAACCAAUCCCAGAAGCUUUCAUCAUCAAUCUUGGUGAUAUUUUUCAGGUAUGGAGCAAUGAUGCAUAUGAGAGUGUAAUGCAUAGGGUGGUGGUGAACUCUGUGAAGGAAAGGGUUUCAAUGCCAUUCUUCUUCUUCCCUUCCCACUAUGUCUUAGUGAAGCCAUUAGAUGAGCUAGUCAAUGAGCUAAACCCUGCCAAGUAUAAGGGCCACAAUUGGGGAAAAUUUUUUGCAUCCAGAAACCUCAGUAAUUACAAGAAGCUCCCCAAGGAAAAUCUCCUAAUCCAUCAUUACAAAGUAUCAGAGUAAACCCAGUUUGCAUUCUGUGAUUAAAAAUUGCAUAGCUAGCCUUGCUUUGGAGAAACUGAUGUUUGCUACAUAAUAUGACUGGUGUAUACUAUGUGUGUGUUGGGUUGAUCGAUGUCAAAGUGAGUUACGUUGUUCAUGUUAAGGAACACUGAAGGACUCUCUUGCCAAAUUUGAUUAUCAUGGUAAGUUACUGUAUGCUUUUCUCAGUC